AUGGCCGCUGUUCAGGGUGCUAUCUCCAAGCGCAGGAAGUUCGUCGCCGACGGUGUCUUCUAUGCCGAACUGAACGAGUUCUUCCAGCGUGAGCUGGCUGAGGAGGGUUACUCCGGUGUUGAGGUUCGCGUGACUCCCACCGUCACUGAUAUCAUCAUCCGUGCUACCCACACCCAGGAGGUCCUCGGUGAGCAGGGUCGCCGCAUCCGCGAGCUCACCAGCUUGAUCCAGAAGCGUUUCAAGUUCCCCGAGAACUCCGUCUCCCUGUACGCCGCUAAGGUCCAGAACCGUGGUCUUUCCGCCGUCGCCCAGUGCGAGUCCCUCCGUUACAAGCUCCUCAACGGUCUCGCCGUCCGUCGUGCCUGCUAUGGUGUUCUCCGUUUCAUCAUGGAGAGCGGUGCUAAGGGUUGUGAGGUUGUUGUGUCCGGAAAGCUUCGUGCUGCCCGUGCCAAGUCCAUGAAGUUCACUGAUGGUUUCAUGAUCCACUCCGGUCAGCCCGCCAAGGAGUUCAUCGACUCCGCUACCCGUCACGUUCUCCUCCGCCAGGGUGUCCUUGGUAUCAAGAAGACCCUCCCCGACUCGGUUACCAUCAUCGAGCCCAAGGAGGAGCAGCCCGUUCUCCAGCCCAUCAGCCAGGACUACGGGGCCAAGGCCCUCGCCGCUCAGCAGCUCGCCGAGCAGCAGCGUCUGGCCGAGCAGCAGGCUGCCGAAGCCGAGGGUGGUGCCGAGGGUUACGCUCAGGAGUAA